UCAAAAUUUGGACUCUCUUUUGCUGUCAUCUAUCUGACGAUUGGAUAUUGAAUGUGUGGCUAAGAAUGCCUCACACUUUAUAUUAGAGAACGCUAUAUAUCCAAGCAAGGAACUCUACCUACAACUUCUGCAGAACAAGAAGCCUUAUAUAUUAUCAACAUUACAUUACAUGGCUGUCUCUCUCACUCAUUCAUCCCUCUUUAAUCACAAAGAUAUAACAUUAAGAGCUCAUCAGAAGAUUCCCACCACAGUCCUCUUGCUUCAAAUGUGCCAAAGCCUUCAAGAAGUAAAACAACUUCAUGCUCAGUUCAUUGUGACAGGACUUCUUGGCCACCCUUUGAACUCUGGGAGGCUCCUUGAGUCCUAUGUUAAGGUUUCUCAGAUAAACUACGCCAUAUCUCUCUUUGAAAGCAUACCUGCUCCAGAUAUUUUUGCCUACAACACUGCCAUAAGAGGCCUGACUCUCUGUAAUUUCCCACGUGAUGCUCUGUUGCUUUAUAAAACACUGCUUCUAGAGGGUCAAAUCCCAGAUACUUAUACCUACACAUUUGUGCUCAAAGCUUGUUCCUAUUUGGAAGCUUUGUGUGAAGGUGAACAAGUGCAUUGCCAGAUUAUUAAAGCUGGAAUAUCAACUAGCACGCACAUCAAUAGCUCUCUGAUACACAUGUACAGUACUGUUAUUAAGUUUCCUUCUGCAGAACUUGUUCUUGCUGGAUUCUCAGAAGUGGAAACACCUGCUUUGAACUCAAUGAUUUCUGGGUAUCUAAGGCAUGGCCAUGUUCAAAAGGCUAGAGAUUUGUUUGAUAAAAUGGAAUCAAGAGAUGUUGCUUCUUGGAAUGCAAUGAUUUCUGGGUACACAAAGAAUGGUCUGCAUGCUGAGGCUUUGGAGGUCUUUCAGGAAAUGAUGACAUCCCAGGAUGUUCCUAUUGAUCCUGAUGAAUCAACCCUUGUGAGCUCAUUAUCUGCCAUUGCUCAUCUGGGAACAAUGGAUCAGGGAAGAUGGGUACACACAUAUAUAAAAAGAAAAGGGUUUAAGAUAAGUAACACUCUCGGUUCUGCUCUUAUUGACAUGUAUGCAAAAUGUGGCUGCAUUGAGAGUGCCUAUGAAGUGUUUGAGAAAAUACCUGAACGAGAUAUAGUAACUUGGGGAGUCAUCAUUUCUGGUUUUGCCAUGCAUGUGCAAGUCCAGAAAUGCUUUGAUCUCUUCCAUGAGAUGAUUCUGGAAGGAACUCAGCCAAAUGAAGUAAUCUUUGUGUCCCUCUUAUCUGCUUGUUCUCAUGCAGGAUAUGUUGACAUGGGAUAUCACUAUUUCAACAAAAUGGUUCACGAUUUCAGAAUCAAACCUUCAGUUGAACAUUAUGGAUGCAUGGUGGACCUCCUAGGCCGGGCCGGGAAGUUAGCAGAGGCAGAAUUGUUCAUUGAUUCAAUGCCAGAGAAACCCAACUCAGUUAUAUGGGGUACAUUCUUAAAUGCUUGUAGGAUGCAUAAUGAUGCAAGAAGAGGAAAGAAAGCUCUAAGACACUUAAUGGAUCUUGAGCCAGAUUGUGGAGACAGAUAUAAAUUAGCAGGGAUCAUGUUUGCUAAUGCAGGAGAUGAAGAAGAUGCACACAAAGUUAGGAAAUUUAUGAACGAUUUUAAUUUAAAAGCUACGAGUGGAUUGAGUUCUGUAGAAGUUGAAGGGGAGCUUCAUGAGUUUGUGGCAGGGGACACUGGUCAUGAUGAGGUUAGAGAGAUUUAUACUGUAUGGGAUGGCUUGACAGAUUACUGAAACAGGUGGCCUAGAUAAAAAUAUGCUGAGAAGUAAAAAUUUAGUUAAAUAGGAAAAAAAUUAGACUGGGUUUGUGAAUUUACAUGAAGUUCGAGAUGAGCUGCAUCGUUCGCGGCUUAUAUGCAGUAUAGCUUCCUAAACCUUUUUUUUA